ACUCUAGCACCUAGAUCUGUUCUGUUUCUUUUUUCCUGCGAUAUUCUGAAUUAUUCACUGUUCUUAUUAGUUCUUACUUGCCUUAAUAUUAAUACUUACUUAGUAGUGGUCUUUUAAGUUUAAUUUAAUGUAGCUAAUAGUUACCCAACUUUCUAUUAGUUCGAUUCAAAAUCUAGAUCUAAUCUAUUUUCAUUUAUUUGUUGGAUAUGCAGUUGUUAAAACUACUACUAGACUAGAAAACUGCGGGAAUGAAAUUCAAAACUGUGAGAGAAGGGGACCAAGCUGUUAUUUUAAAUCAUCUCGGCCAAGGGAGAUUAGUAGAAGGACCUGAACGAGUAUUUCUUUUCAGAGAGAGAUUUCAGCAACUAACAUCAUACACAGCAGACCGUUAUAAGUACAUUGUUACACAAGAAAACAAUGGCUGCAUUUUGCACAAACCUGGCCCUUGUCAGGUGUUUCACAACCCAUUAGAGCACAGAGCCUGUACAAAACAAGAUGCCCAGACCAUUGAUGCCAAUCAUCUGAUGGUUGUCUACAAGAGGCUGAAAGGGGGAGAAGCGCAGAGACGGAUAAUACAAGGCCCAGCUGUAUUUAUCCCAGAGGCUGAAGAGUGGGCCCAUGAGUUCCAGUGGCAUGGAACUGACCCAGAGAACAAAACCAGAAUGGUGCCAGGCUUGAACAAGUUCACAUGUUUGUCUAUCAUCCCAGACAACUUUUAUUACAACGUGAAUGAAGUGAGAACCAGUGAUGACACCAUGUUGACAGUCAAGGUCAUGCUGUUCUAUGAGAUUGUUGACAUUUUAAAAAUGCUUGACACUACUCAUGAUCCAAUAGCAGAUUUAAUCAAUGCACUAUGUGCCGAUGUUAUCUCUUUUGUGGGUCCUCUGACAUAUGAACAGUUCAUAGACAAGACAAGUCUGAUCAGCUGUCUUGACACAUAUCCUCAACUGCAACAGAGGGCUGAGAGAGUUGGGUUUAAAGUUCAAAAGGUUGUGUUCAGAGGUUACCAUGCUUCAGAUCAGCUACAGCAAAUGCAGAACAGUGCCAUUGAGUCACGCACACAGCUAAGGCUGCAGAGAGAGAUAGAGGAACAGGAGCAGAAGUUGGCAAAUUUUAAACUGAACAAAUUGCAGGAGAGAAGUUCAAUUCAACAGUCAAUGGAAAUUAAGAGGGCAGAACACAAGCAGAGAUUGGCAGCUUUGGUGCAAAAACAUAACCUGGAAAUGGAAGAACUGAAACUCCGUCAGCAACUUGAGCUGUCGUCCUUGGAAACCAAAGUUCAAAUGGAUUAUAAAGAAGCAGAAGAUGCACAAAAAGUCAAACACUUGGCCAGCCUUGCAUCUAUUAAUGUGGAUGUGACCAAAUACCUUACACUACAGUGUGACACACCUGCUCAUGAAGAGAUUAGAGUUGUCAACUCUAGACAGGAAGUGACCUCUGGCAGUAAAUAACUGCCACCUUAACAAAUGGGUUUCACAAUAGGUUUUAUUUUAUGUGUAUAAAUAUAUAUGCAUUUAUAUAUUAUGAUAUUAGUAAACAAAAAUAUAUGUUCACUAAAAGACCAAGAUUUGAUGAGACUUUUUAGUCUAGCUGUGUGGGUUGAACCAAUACACAUUUUGCAAUGGCUCCUGGACUAAGGGUGAACAACAGUU